GAACAAUAAAAAAUCAUUUAAUUCUUCUUCUUUCAUAAUCCCCCAAAUUUCUCUAUAGCCGUAACCAACCAUACCUGCCCACCUAGACGUAAAGUUGAGAGUAUUCAGGGAGCCUUUUCGUCGGUUUUGAGGAGAUGCUCAGUGAUUGGCGGUAUUACGGUAUUAUCUAGGUGAUAGAUUAUAGAGCGAAAUUACUGUCGCCGGUGCCGAUAUAUUGGACAAGCAGGUAGCCGAGUAGAAGGUGCCUGCCAUAAGCAUGUCUACCUCAGGACCACCCAACGGACCUCCCAGUGCUGGAAUAAAUACACAACAAAAUUCUCAAGGUCCCCCUCAAUCAGGCUCACUCAUGUCUCAACAAAAUUUGAAUCAGAUCGUUAUCGAGUACCUCGUCAAAAAAGGUUACAAUCGAACUGAGCAGAUGCUACGAUCUGAAUCUUCCAACCUUGAUAGAGAUGGAAAACCAAUUCAAGAACGUGCCGAAGACCUUGGUACAGCAAAGUAUGCAAAGGGUUUCCGAUUAUUGAGUAAUUGGAUCGAAUCAAACUUGGAUAUAUACAAGUUUGAGCUGCGCAGACUCCUUUGGCCUAUUUUUGUUUAUUCCUUCAUUGAGCUUAUCACAAAUAAUUAUACAGCUGAUGGAAAAGACUUUUUGAAAGAAUUCAAAGAUCAAUUCCAACAAGUCCAUGCUGAUGAACUCACCACAUUUGAUACAAUCAGUUUGCCUCAACAAAUCAACGAUAACACAAUCACUAAGCUUUAUUUAUCCUCGAAAUACCGAAUCCCUCUCAAUACUCACGUUUACUUCAACCUCAUAACUCACCUCGAAUCGAACAGUAAACAAGGUGGAUCUGUUAUCAUUUAUUUGUUGCAGACAUAUUGCGAAAUUCGUGAAACGAAGAGAGGACCCAUUGAUCAGUUUAGUUUCGAAGCUAUCAUCAAUCAAGCACAUGGUGUUGAGCCGGAAGAGUCUGACCUUCAAGAAGGAAUCCCUGGAGCCUUUACCGGAGUUACGAACAAAGAUAUUCAAGAUAAUAAUGCCAAGUUACUAUUGGGACCGAUGGCAUUGGAGGAUGAAUUAGCUGCAGAUGUUCGUGCAGAUCUUGAUGAAGAAGAUAGUAAGAACCCCCCCGAGCUUGGCAAACCAUCGUUGGUUGAAUUGUUUGAUCAAAGUAUCAAGCGUGAGGAAGGUGUUGAAGGACCUGGCCGCAAUGAAAUCCCUUACCCUCCUUCUCGUGCUCGAGAUGUAACCAUGGAAGUUCAAAAGAUCAAGGAACAUCGAGAUAGAUUCAAGAUUGAAAGCCGUAAUGGUGGGGUUGGUCCUGCAGUCUCUAUUUGCAUGUUUACCUUCCACAAUACUCUUGAUACAAUCAACUGUAUCGAAUUUUCUGAUGACAAUAAUUUGGUUGCUGUUGGAACGGAAGAAUCUUACAUUCGUGUUUGGCAUUUACAUGGCGACCCAUUGCCAAGUGAAACCAAAUCAGGUCCAAAUGAUCCACCACCAUCGAACUCUCGUCGUCUAAUUGGUCAUUCCGCACCUGUUUAUGCCGUAUCAUUCUCUCCUUCGAUUCGAGGUGCAGAUGAAAGUGAUACAGCUACUGCUCCCAAAUUACUUCUCUCAUCAUCUUCGGAUAGAACAAUUCGUCUUUGGUCUCUCGAAGCAUGGGCCUGCCUUGUCGUAUACAAAGGUCAUGAAGGUCCAGUAUGGAAUGUAAAGUGGGGACCAUUUGGUCAUUACUUCUUGACUUGCGGUCAUGAUCGAUCCGUUCGUAUUUGGGGACAAGACCAUAUUUCAUACCUUCGAAUGUUCAUUGGUCAUGAUUCCAAUGUCAAUCAAAUUGCUUGGCAUCCAAACGGAGCAUAUGUUUUCUCGGCAAGUGAUCAAGCUGAUAAGACUGUUCGCAUGUGGUCUUUUACAACUGGUGAUUGCGUUCGUGUUUUCACUGGUCAUACCGACACCAUUAGUGCUCUUCAAUGUGCUCCUAAUGGGAAGAUUCUAGCAUCUGCAGAUUGUGGUGGUAGUAUUAUUCUUUGGGAUCUUGCAAAGGGAACACAAAUUAAACGUUGCAGAGGUCAUGGAAAGGGUGGAAUUUGGUCUUUAUCAUUCAGUGUUGAGUCUACAGUUUUGUGUUCAGGUGGAGCUGAUGGUACUGUUCGUUUAUGGGAUAUCGAAGUUCCUUCUGAUCCAUACAAGAACAAUGAUGGUGAAGUCAUUGGUACUGGUGGACAAGCUGAUGCAACUCGUGUUACGGGUGCCAUCACAGGUGCUCAAGCUAAUCCUACCACUGGUUCUUCCAAGAAGAAGGGUAAGGAAACAAUGAUUACUCCAGAUCAAAUCGUUGCAUUCCCUACCAAGAGAUCACCAGUUUACAAGGUCAUGUUUACAAGAAUGAAUUUGGUUAUGGCUGGAGGAUGUUAUUUGCCUUAAGGGUAUUGAGUAGAUGGUUAUAUUCGUGGAGGCUUAGAUCUUUUUGAUUGCGAGAUGCACGAUUUACGAUAAAAGUUUCUAUCAAAUUGUAAUUGAGAUUUCAUUCGAGUUUCUUUGGAUGGAUUGGAGUGGAGUGGAGUGGAAGUUGAUUGGUACAGAAAAUGGCGUAUAAUACCAGGUUUUAUGGUAAUAGUCAUUAGUUGGGUUUCUAAAUCUUUGAGUUUUCCUCGAAAAUUUAUGCACAUGGUUUAAUUUGAUGGUUUGCUGAUGGUGAUAUGAUGAAAUACUGCGAGGUUCA